AUGGCACCGCACCCGCGAGCCAGCUCGCCUUUCGCCCCCGACCGCAUCAUCCAUGGGAGAUACACGUUCAAGCUUCGCGCGCACCAGCCGAAGGUGGUCCUAGGCUCGGCCGGCGCGUUGGACACUGCAGCCUUCCUACCGCUGGCAGCUCUCAAAAGUGUAUCGGUGAUGCAGCGGUACGACACCACGACGAUCAUCGUAACCGUGUGCACGACUACCAAGCGGGUCCUCAACACCAGACGGCGGGGCCCGACGGCACUAGAGCAGGUCAUCUUCGCGCUCAACGCAUCGCGCAUGACCGACCUCGAGAUCGCGCACGAGGUCGUCGGCGGGUGUGAGUGGUGGGACAGAAAGUACUUGGGCCACGCGGUCCUGUACCGGCUCGACAGCGCCACGCUACGGCGGCUAACAGUCGACGGGUUCGGCGGCCAUGACGUCCGCUUUCUCCAGGGUCCCCGGGCCGGCAGGAUACAGAAACUCGCCGCCCCGGAGCACUGCUAUGGCUCGACGCACCUCGGGAUGCAGAGAGCCGAGGUCGCCAUCGCCGCCAGUAAGCGUGUGGCCAGCGUAUGCGUGCGCGCGGAGGCCUGCGAGAGGAAGUGUACCUGCUGGGCCGCGUAUCCCGCCUUUGAGCCCCCUCCGCCCGGCUCCAGCUCCAACGAGGCCGACAGCGAGGAGUCCCUCCGCGAGACGUACGGCCGCCUCGUCUCAACGGCAGAGGAGCACCGCCGCCAGACAAAGGCGACGCAGCGCGCAGCGCUCAACCUCCUCACGCUCGGCGACGCCCUCGGCGAGAGGGAUCCGCUCCCGCCCGAGCUGUGGGCCAUGGUCGGCGACUACUUGGACGCCAUGGGCUGUCUCGACGCCGCGCAGUUCGAACGGAGGCAGCUGGCGAGAGGCGAGGCGAGGCUUGCGCUCCGCGCGCGCGCGAUGGCGCACCUUGCCAACGAGGAGUUUGGCACUGGGCUCGAGGAGUGGCUUUCGGCAGAGGGGUUUGUGUGA